CUGACUUCUGUCGUAACUGUCAGAGCUCAGACCAUUGUCGAGCUGAUUGUCCCGACUACAAGAAAUGGGUACGCUGCUAUCAUUGCAAUGAGACUGGCCAUGUUAUGCGUAACUGCAGUCGUAAUGGAUCAAUUGACUCUGCUCCCAGCAAGGUCCGUGCAGUGGAGAGAUCCUCAAGUCAGCCAAAAUCUAGAAAAGGGACAAACAAAGAUUCUACUGCCUCACCCAAGGCUGCUCCUAAGAAACCAAUGACACAAGAAAAUUCCCCUGCUAGCUCCCCAGUUCCUCAAGGCUACAAGAAUAAUGAAAGAGAUGCAACGGUUGCUCUCAAUGGUAAAAACGGUGUUGAAGAGGACACCACUAUGAAUGAAAGCAACCUUAAUCUGGUAAAUGGUUCUGAUGCGUUAAAGACUAUCUCAAAAGACAUAGUAAUGGAGGAUACUGUGAUCUCUUCUCCAUCUCGAUUUACAGAUUUGGAGACUCAUGAUAAUGUCAAAAAGAUGGG